CUUGACGAGUUCGCGCGCGACUGCAACUUGAAGCCCGAGUCCAUCAAGAAAGCCUACAAGCGCUUCCAGGCCACGGACAAGGACAAGAGCGGCAUGAUCGACUACACGGAGUUCUGCGAGGUGCUCCAGGUCGACCCGAGCCCCCAGGGCGAGCGCCUCUUCCAGCUCUUCGACUACGAGAAGAGCGGCCAGAUCGACGUCCGCGAGUUCAUGAUCGCGCUGUCGAACUUCACGGGCGCGGGCAAGGACGACAAGCUCAAGUUCGCCUUCAUGAUCUUCGACGAGGACGGCAACGGCGUCAUCACCAAGGGCGAGCUCACGCGGAUCCUGCGCGCGAACCACAUGGCCCAGGCCGACUCCGAGGUCGCGCGCAAGGCCGACACGAUCAUGCAGCAGGCCGACAAGGACGGCGACGGCGUCGUCACCUUCGACGAGUUCGUCAUCGUCUCCAAGAAGUUCCCGAACAUCCUCUUCCCCGCAUACUCGUCCGGCGGCAAGUAG